GGUCGCCGCUGCCUCAGACGUGACGGAACAGAGCAGGAAAAGUUCGUGCGUAGAGAGCUCGUGAUUCUCUCGCCGGGAAUUCAAUUUCGCGGCCUGCUCCAUCCUUAUUCCCCACCGUGGCCUCGAAUCCACCGGUCGCCGUCGCUGUGAUCGCUCCGCCAUCACCAGUUCUACUCUCUCGGCGCCUCCGCCGACGAAGCUCUGUUUGGCCGAGAGGCUCGAAGAACUUCGAUCUCUUCACAGCCGACGAGCCCCAGGACCUUCUCUUAUUAAUUGAACAACCGAUUGUGUGAUCAGGAUUCCUUCCCCCUUUAAGGUUACAUCGAUAUGCUCUCCAUCAAAGAUAUAGUACCUGCUGCACUAAACAACAUAAUCACGCAAUUCAUUCUUUUGGACAAAGGUAGGGUAGCCACGGAAGCCCAGAGCAAGACAUGCUUGGCGCUUGUAGCCGAUGAGACCGCGGCUGUACAUUUCCAGUUCUGGGGUGAGGAGUGUGACCUGUUCAAGCCUGGGGAUAUUAUCCGUUUGACCAACGGGAUUUUCUCUUACAACAGGAACCAUCUUCUGUUGAGAGCAGGGAAGAGAGGGAGCAUCGAGAAGGUGGGUGAAUUUACCAUGACUUAUGUCGAGACUCCCAACAUAAGCGAGAUACGGUGGGUUCCCGAUCCAAACAAUUCUAAAACGUAUGUGCGGGAAGCUGUUAUAUCUCCUUACUCACGUAUUUUCCCUCCGAUGCUUUGAUGGUGAAUGUGGUUUGUUUGCUGCUAUUACUGAUUGCAAUAUAUAGACAAGCACGUGUAAGGUGCAAAGCCCUUUCGUUGACCGAAGCUUGCUUUUAGGCAAAGCACUCAAUAUAUGUGACGGGAUUUUUGUUCCUGCAAUUGU